AUGGAGCAGCUUGUUAACUUCAUCAUUCGACCUCCAAGAGCUGAAUACAACCCGGAACAUGAUCUCUUGGAACAGGAGUUCAUGCUCAAAGGAAGAUGGUACCAGAGGAAAGAUUUAGAGGUUAAAAACAGCAGAGGAGAUGUCCUUCGAUGUAGUCAUUACAUGCCAGUAGAGCGUCCUGAAGAUAGGCCUCUACCUUGUGUAAUAUACUGCCAUGGAAACAGUGGAUGUAGAGCUGAUGCCAGUGAAGCUGCAAUCGUAUUACUUCCUUCAAACAUCACAAUUUUCACGCUUGACUUUUCGGGAUCUGGUCUCUCUGGUGGAGAGUAUGUCACAUUGGGUUGGAAUGAAAAAGAUGAUCUGAAAGCCGUGGUUGAGUACCUGCGCACAGAUGGAAAUGUCUCCCUGAUUGGCCUAUGGGGUCGUUCAAUGGGUGCUGUCACAAGCUUGAUGUAUGGAGCCGAGGAUCCUUCUAUCGCAGCGAUGGUUCUAGACAGCCCGUUUUCUGAUUUGGUUGAUUUAAUGAUGGAACUCGUAGAUACAUAUAAGUUCCGGUUACCAAAGUUUACUAUAAAAUUUGCGAUACAAUAUAUGCGGAGAGCUGUUCAGAAGAAAGCCAAGUUUGACAUAACGGAUCUCAACACCAUUAAGGUAGCAAAGUCUUGUUUUGUUCCAGUUUUAUUUGGGCAUGCAAUAGACGAUGACUUUAUUCACCCUCAUCAUUCGGAGCGUAUAUAUGAAGCAUACAUAGGAGACAAAAAUAUCAUCAAAUUCGAGGGAGACCACAAUUCACCACGCCCACAAUUCUACUUCGAUUCAAUAAACAUCUUUUUCCAUAACGUUCUUCAACCUCCUGAGGUGGUCGGGCCAAGAUUUUUUGACCCGGUGGAUGAUUAUUUUGCCAAGGGCAGUUGGAGCACCAUGAAAGAACUAAGCUCUCCAAAAUCAUCAGCACAGAAAAGUUUAGCUGCGAGCAGCACCUCCGAUGCAAUAAACGAAGUCCGCAUGAAAAGACCUAUGAGUCGCACUGAGGUUCCUUCCAACGUCCCAUCUAAUCAAUCAUCGUCAGAAUCCAAGGAAAAAGAGAAUCACGAGGGCUCCAGUAGUUCAUCUUCUGAUAUGAUCAGCUUUGAUUUGUCUAAUGGUGGUCCGUAUCCUCAUCUUGCGGUAGCUUUAGAUGAUGAUCAAUAUGUGGAGUUUCACGUAGAGGAGUUGGCAGAUUUUCCAUCUAACGCAGAGGAAGAAGAGAGGAUGCUGAUGGAAGCUGUGAUGAAAUCGCUCAAGGACGUAGAGGUUGAGACUCAUCAGAACAAAGAACCUUCCAAAACCAAAACAGAGAACACUGAAGAAAAAGAGGGUUAUGCUAAGUCUUCUGCUACAGAACCAGAGUCUGCACAUUCUGAGACAGAUUCUUCUUCCGGUCCAACACCAAGUAACCAUGAUGCACCAUCAUCCUCUGAAGCCAAUGCUCCUUGUAAAACAUCGGAUUCUCUAGCAGGACCUGUAAAUGGUUUUGUUCCUCGUGCUUCUCCAAGAACGAGUCAGAACACAAAUGACGCCAUUGAUUUGUCAGCACGUACAAAAGCAACAGUGACUGUGGUCGGGCGUAGUAGCACAUCAGGGAACGUUCUAGACGGGUUAUUACGCCGAUGGGAUCUUAGUUUCUUCAAAAGUAGAUAA